AUGGCCCCCCGAAUACUGUCACACAACGACUACACGGUGGCAUGGAUCUGCGCUUUGCCGCUGGAAACAGCAGCGGCGAAGGUCAUGUUGGAUGAAGUUCAUGCUUCACUACCGCAACCAGAAACCGAUCAUAAUGUCUACGCUCUUGGAACCGUCAGCAGUCACAAUGUGGUCAUCGCCUGCCUACCUUUGGGUGUAUACGGAACAAUAUCUGCUUCCAAUGUGGUGUCGCACAUGGUUUCUACCUACUCGAAUAUUCGCUUUGGUUUGAUGGUCGGCAUUGGAGGGGGAGUUCCCAGUAAAAGUGCUGACAUUCGCCUUGGUGAUGUUGUGGUUAGCAAGCCAACUGCUACCUCAGGCGGCGUUAUCCAGUAUGACUACGGCAAAACACUCAGUGGAGAACAUUUUCAGCGCACUGGAUCUCUCAACAAACCUCCUCCAAUCUUGUUAAAGGCUGUGGCUCAAUUGGAGAGUGACUAUAUGACUGGAAAGAACCCAGUCAGCCAAAUCAUAGGUGAUGCACUGCAGAAGGAAGAAAUUAGGAGGAAGUUCUCCAGACCAGAAGGUGACUUGCUGUUCCAACGUACAUAUGACCAUAAGGGAAAGGAAGCAAACUGUUCAGCAUGUGAUCAGAAACAGCUAGUAGAUCGACCUCCGCGAACGACUGCUGAGCCUCACAUUCAUUAUGGCUCGAUCGCUUCUGGAGACCAGGUCAUAAAAGAUGCGGGGACUCGAGAUUUCAUUGCCCAAAGGGAAGACAUUCUCUGCUUUGAAAUGGAAGCUGCCGGUCUCAUGGAUGAACUCCCAUCCCUUGCCAUCCGAGGCAUCUGCGACUACUGUGAUUCCCACAAAAAUAAACAGUGGCAAGAAUAUGCAGCCCUUGCGGCUGCCGCCUAUGCGAAGGCCCUCCUGUCACAGGUUCCUACUUCCUACUCCGGGAAGGAGUUAGGUGCAUCAAAGAGAUCAGUUUGGAUGGUCCCCUUUAGAAAGAACUCGCGAUUCGUGGGCCGGGAAGAAGAAAUCAGCAAAAUUGAAGGGUUGAUCACGCAACAGGACAGUCCUAGCAAGAUCGCUAUCUGCGGACUGGGUGGAGUUGGAAAAACCCAAAUUGCACUUGAACUGGCGUACCGCAUGAGGAAUCAAGACCCUGAAUGCUUAAUUUUCUGGAUCUCAUGUACCACCUAUGAGAGCGUGGAGCAGGCCUACACGAGCAUCGCAUCCAAGCUAGAAAUGACUGACAAAAAGCCAGCAGAGGUCAAAGAACAAGUCAAGGCUUAUCUUAGCCAGCAGAGCACAGCGAACUGGCUUCUUAUUUUUGAUAACGCAGAUGAUAUGGAGAUGUGGACAAUGGCAGACUUCCUGCCUGAGAGCGAGCGAGGCCACAUUCUCUUCACCACCCGAAGCCGGCAGAUAGCCGUGAGACUGGCGUCAUCCAACGUGAUAAUGAUCUCUGAACCGGACACAGAGACUGCUGCCGAAAUAUUACGCAAGUCGCUGAUUAAGAGAGUCUUGCUAAAUGAUCGUGAGGCAGCCAUUUCACUCCUUAGGGAGCUUGCCUACCUUCCCCUAGCGAUCACCCAGGCGGCAGCAUACAUCAAUGAAAAAGACAUCAAGCUUUCUGAAUACACCACACUUUUGCAUCAGAACGAGCCGGACGUGAUUGAGUUGCUGUGUGAAGACUUUGGGGACGAAGGGCGGUACAAAGAUAUCCGGAAUCCUGUCGCAACAACCUGGUGGGUUUCAUUCCAACAGAUCCAGCGCUUGAAUCAAACAGCAAUGGACUAUCUAUUAUUCAUGGCCUGCAUCAAUCCUCGCCAUAUUCCGCGGUCUUUGCUUCCUCAGACGAUAUCAGAAAAGAAAAGGAUCGAUGCCAUUGGCCUCCUCAAGGCCUUUUCCUUUGUAAAUGAGGAGGGUGGAGAUUGUUCUCUAAAUCUUCACCGACUCGUCCAUCUUGCAACCCGGAACUGGAUGAGGAAGCACCGGCAGUUCAACCAGCAAAUUUUAAAAAACAGCCGAUCGAUUAAGUGA